CCCGCGCUCCCGGCCGGCCAUGGCUCCGCUGCGCUUCUCGGCCAACGUGUCGUGGCUGUUCACCGAGCUCCCCGGCCUCACCGCGCGGCUCCGGGCCGCGGGCAGUUCGGGUUUCGAGGCGGCCGAGGUCGGCUGGCCGUACGGGGAGCCGCCGGAGGCGCUGGCGCGCACGGCGCAGGAAGUGGGGCUACAGCUCGUGCUGAUCAACACGCCCCCGGGAGACCGAGAGAAAGGGGAGAUGGGGCUGGGGGCCGUUCCCGGGAGGCAGGCGGCCUUCCGAAAUGGGCUGGAGCAGGCUGUGCUGUACGCCAAGGCUCUGGGCUGUCCCAGGAUUCACCUGAUGGCUGGCCGAGUGCCCCAGGGGGCUGAUCGAGCAGCAGUCAGGGGUGAAAUGGAGACAGUUUUUCUGGAGAACCUGAGGCACGCAGCUGGGGUUUUGGCUCAGGAGAACCUUGUGGGGCUGCUGGAGCCCAUCAACACCCGCAUCACGGACCCCCGGUACUUCCUGGAUACGCCCCAGCAGGCGGCAGCCAUCUUAGAGAAAGUUGGAAGACCCAACCUCCAGUUACAGAUGGACAUAUUCCACUGGCAGAUCAUGGACGGGAACCUGACAGGGAACAUCCGGGAGUUCCUGCCCCUCGUUGGGCACGUGCAGGUGGCACAGGUCCCGGGCCGAGGGGAACCCGGCAGCCCUGGAGAGCUGAACUUCCCCUAUCUGUUCCAACUGCUGGAAGAUGAAGGCUACAAAGGCUUUGUGGGCUGCGAGUACCAGCCUCGAGGAGACACGGUAGAGGGCUUGAGUUGGCUACGUUCGUACUGGGAUAAGCGGGGCCGCCCACAGGCUGGCCAGUGAGGUCCUGUGCUCCAGCCACACACCUCUGGGAUGGUGAGCUACACACCCUGAGUCUCCUCUGAAUUAAAGACAAUCUGCUGAAGGUUUCCAUGUGUGUAUGUUAUUGGAGGGGGAGGGGGAGGGACACACAGUGCCUAACUUUCCAGUUUCUUUGGGUCACUUCCUUCCUGCAGAGAAGGGACAUACAGCUCACGUUCAAGUCCUCCAGUCUGUGCCAGUGUUGCUGUGGAGAUGGGAGAGCUUUUGAGCUCCCCACCUCACGUACAGAUGAGAAACCAAGGGUCCGAGAGCAAAGGGACUCACCCGUGGUCACAGAUGCCUCAAAGGCAGAGCUGGGAUUGGAACCCAGGUGUCUUAUCUCAGUGGCAAUUGGCCAGCAAUGAUGUCCCAGUGGGAAGUGAAGA